AUGGCGACGGCAAUGGUGGUCUCGGAAAGAUGGACCCGGGCACACGCCGGCGCCCUUCGAUUCCUCAGCCCAUCUUCGCUUGCGACGGCGGUGGAAGAAGAGCGGAGCAAGGGGCGUGCGCUGAUAAACCUCCAUCUGGGCUUCCUCUUCUGCUGCAUCUUCUACGCCAUUUGUGCCCUUCUCAUCGACGGCACCCUCAUGACCGACAACGGACUCGUUUUUUUCCUCGGCUUUGUGUUUUACCUUUCGAAUUUGUUGGUAUACCGAGCAUGGGGCAACUUGUACGUUACGGCGAUGCUGUUGCUACUCUUCAUCGAGCACACCAUCAUGUUCAAGUUGGUGUUCUUCCUGCUGGGCCAGCGCUCGGGCGCCUUCUUCCUGGCGAUGGCCAUGUUCCACACGGCCCUCCUCUACCUCAUCCAGGUCGUCUCCACUUCCCCCGCCUGCGGCCUCCUGGGCUGGACCACCGUCGACCAGUUUGUGACGACCGCCGCCGCGCCGCUGAUGACGUGUCACGGCGCCGUCGACGAUCUGUUGGGCGACGCGACGAGAGCGAUGGGCCAUGUGUCGGACGUCGGCUCAUUGACGUCGUCGUCGGGCUGGCUCUCGGCGGUGAUGGUGUCCAAGGGCUACGAGUCGCCGCACGGCAUCUUCAUCAACCGACUCUCGCUCAUCCUGUUCGUCAGCAGCUUCGCCUUCUUCCACGAGAACCGGCGAUCGCUUGCCCUGCGCCAAAUCGAGGACACCCUCCGAGAGAAGGAGGCGGUCAAUGCGAGCUUGCAGCAGGCCACCAAGGCCAAGACCGACUUCCUCGCCAACAUGAGCCACGAGCUGCGCACGCCUAUGCACGGGAUCAUCGCGAUGGCGUCCGAUCUGAAGGAGAUGCCGCUGCCCAGCAAGGCCCGCGAGGCCAUCGGCAUCAUCUCCGACUGUGCCGACCACCUCCUCUCCCUCGUCAACGACGUGCUUGACUUUGCUCGUAUUGAGCAGAGCCAGCUGGAGCUGGAGCAGAUCCCGUUCUGUAUGACGUCGGAAGUGAAGAAGGCCCUCGCCAUGCACUCGGUCAUCGCCAAGCAGAAGGGCGUCUACCUCCUCGUCAAGAAAGUCCGCGUCUCCUUCCCCUACCACACCGGCGACCCGCUCCGCUUCCGGCAGAUCAUCAUAAACCUCCUCUCCAACGCCAUCAAGUUCACACCCGCCGGAGGCCAAGUGAGCGUGUCGGUGGUGAACAAGAAGAGCAACCCCGAGCUCAUUCGCGUCUCCGUGCAAGAUACGGGUAUCGGCAUUCCCAAGAGCUCCCAGCCCCAUCUCUUCGAGAGCUUUUCGCAGCUGGAUGCCUCGGUGCGACGCAAGUACGGCGGGUCGGGCCUGGGCCUGUCGAUCUGCAAGAAGCUGUGCGAGGCCAUGGGCGGCGAGAUCGAGUGCCGCAGCGAGGUCGGCAAGGGUAGCGACUUCGCGUUCUUCGUGUGCCUGCCGCCGACCACGAAGCAGAACUACCGCGAGGCGCGCGAGGGCGACGAGAGCGACCACAACGCCGCCGUGACACGUCAGCACCGCCACAACCACCACCCGCUCGCCACCCCGCCCGACGUGUCGGCCGACGAACAGAAGCGGAUCGACGACGACGAUGACGAUGCACUGAUGGAGAGCGACAGCCUGAGCGACGACUCGCAUCUCUACUCCGAUAGCUCGGAAACUAGCUCCGAUGAUGACGAUGACGACAGCUCGUCCGCCGACGACGAUGACAACGACGACUCGGAAGUCGACGAUGAAGCGCCCGAGGAAAACAACGCCGUUGCCAGGCGGCAUUCGAGCUCGUCGAUGCUGACCAAGUCGUUGGGCAUCACCCCGAUCCGGCGCACGCGGCACAGCAGCGGCGGCCCGGACCUCGGCCGCAUGAUCGCCUCGGCCUCGCGCCGACACAAGGCCGACCAAAUGAACGAAGACGACGGUCAUGGCAAUGACAAACGCGACGGCAGCCGGCGAAGAAUGAAGCGAAACCACAGCGGGCGUCGGGCGAGCUCGCCCGCCUCGACCACGGCCGUGCUCACCGCGGCGGCGGAGGCCGUCGACAGUCGGCGCCGCAUGAGCGCCAGCAGCGGCUCCCAGCACCAGCGACCCAGCAAGCUGGUCAACGCGCGCCGGGCCAGCGAGCAGCACGGCCUUACGAUACGCCACGCCGUCGAGCAGCAGCAGCGCCUCCUUAACAGCGGACGCGGCUACGUCGCCGACGACGACAACAAUAACGACGACUGGCUUCUCAGCGGCGGUGCUGCGUCGUCGUCGCUUCUCUCUUCCGCGUCGUCUUCGUUCUCGCCGUCGGCCUCGUCGUCGGCGCUCUCCUCGCCCUCGUCCUCCUUCUGCUCGUCGUCCGAGCUGCUCCUGCCCGUGCCCCUGUCCGCCGGCCUCGCCCUGUCGCCCUCGUCGUCGAACGGCUCGCCGCAGGCCAACGAUACCGACUGCGCGCCUCCAUCAUCGUCGUCGGUGCUGGCCGGGCUGCGCCGCGGCUCGGUGCCGUUCGGCGCGUCGCCCAGCCACCGCCUCCUCUCCAGCCCGGCGCUCACCGGCGGCGGCGGCGGCCUGAACCCGCACCAUGCGAGCAUGCCGAUCAUUCCUUCGCUCGCUUCGGCCUCCGACUCGCCCCUCCCGUCGCCCCUGCUCUCCCUUCCGCCCCUCCCGCUCAACGCUACCGCCGGCGCCGGCCCGCCGCCCUCACCCUCGUCGACAUUUCUGACGUCGUUGGCGACAUUGUCGACAUCGUCGUCAUCUUCAUCAGCGUCGUCGGCGCUCAUGACCAUGUCGUCGGCCCAGCACCUCCUGCCGGGCGUCGCGUCGCGCCACCUCUCGCUCAACUCGUGCGCCUCGCCGCGCGGCAUUCCGCGCGUUCGCACGGCCACCCCGCCGCGCCCGGCCACCCCGCACCACGCCAGCAGCGGCGCCCUCCUCCUGCCGCGCUCGGCGGGCGGCACCCCGGCCGUGCCGCCGCUCAGCCUCUCCAAGCUCCACUCCUCCAAGUCCGCCGAGCGGGGCCAGUCGUCGUCUUCGCCGGUUGCGGCCGCAAACGCGAAUGCGACGGCGCCGCGUUCGUUCUACGUCCCGUCGUUCCCGCCCGAAGCCAUGCUCGCAUCGCCGCGAGACUCGCCGUCUUCGUUCUCUUCUUCGUCUUCGUCAUCAUCAGACGCCGGCAUGCCGCCGCGGUCGGCCGAGGAGGUCUACCAGGACGUGAUGCGGGGCAAGCGCAUUCUGGUGGUCGAGGACAACCUCAUCAACCAGAAGGUCGCCCUCAAGAUGCUGUCGUCGUUCGACUGCCGGGUGACGGUGGCCGAGAACGGCCUCGUCGCGAUCAAGCUCUUCGAGGAGAGCUUCCGCUCGCGCGGCGGCCGGCACGCGACCGACGGCGAGCCCCUCUUCCACGCCAUCCUCAUGGACAUCCAAAUGCCCGUCAUCGACGGGUUCGAGACGGCGAUUCGGAUUCGCGAGCUGGAGGCGCAGUUCAACGAAGCCGAGGCUGCCCGUACGCCGGCGCCCAGUGGCCACCAGCCGCAGGUGGCCGCGGUGCCGAUCAUCGCCCUCACGGCGUCGGCGACGAAGGAGUACCAGCAGAAGUGCCUGACCAAGGGGAUGAACUGCUUCCUGUCGAAGCCGCUCAAGAAGGAGACUCUGGUGCGGACGCUGACGGAGGUGAUCAAGCAGGCCGGCUACUACGACGAGGCGGCCGAGCUGGCACGUCGCCGGGCCGACCAGGAGCGCGCGCGCCAGGCGGCCCGCGAGGAGGCCGAGCUGCGCGCCCGCACCCAGCGCCAGCGCGAGAUCGAGGAGCUGCGCGAGAAGCGCAAGGCCCGCGAGCAGGCCACGAUCAUGAUGAUGAUGGGCAUGGCCGCCACCAAUGCCGCCCUGGCCAUCAACAAGCUCCACCACCACCACCACCAGGUGGCGGCCGCGGCGGCCCGCGAUGACCAGAACGGUGACGAUGACGGCGACAAUGGCGAGCUCGGCCGGCGGCGCAUGGCCGAGCUGCUACGCGCCAAGGGCCGGUCGCGGCACGUCAAGCACAACAGCAUCGGCUGA